AUGGCUGAUCAUAAAUGGGAUUUUAAAUCCAAUUAUAUGCUUGCUUUUACUGUAUGUAAAUAUGGUUUAGAUCCAGAACGAUGGGAUUUAAUAGCUAAUGAUUUAGCUAAUUAUAUUAAUACAACACCACAAAAUUGUCAAACACAAUUUGGUCAUUUAUGUCAACAAUAUGGGCAGGAUUGGCAAAAACAAUCGGUUGAACCUUUACAUAAUUACAUUUUUACUACAAUUAAACGUCUGUAUUAUGGUAAUUUAUGUGAACAGAUGAAUGAAUCACGAAGUUUACUUAACGUUACGUAUGAUUUUAUACGUUUGUUUAAAAUUGGUCGAAUUACAUCAAAAGAGAUUGAGGAACUCUUACAAGAUAUUAAAAAUACUCCUUCAACUACAAAUAAUACACAUGAUAAUGAACGACAACUUAAAAUCGAAAUGCUUGAUCGUCUUAAAGGAUAUAUGACACCACAAAAUUGUCAAACAUCGAAUACACAAUUUUCUUCAUUUCCAGUUCCAUUAUUACCUCCACCACCGCCACCACCACCAUUCUUUCAUCAUCAUCAUCAUCAACAACAACCAACAAUUCCAAAUUAUAAUCCACAAGAUCAAGUCAUUUCAAAUACAAAUGAAAAUGAUCGACAAGUACCUUCACUCGAUAAAAGUCAUAUAGUAAAUAAUACUGAUAUAUCAUCAUUUCCAAUAAUUAUACAAUCAAAUAAUUUACUUAUUGAAAAUGAAACACAAUAUAUAAAUAAUCAUUCAUCAAAUGAUGUUGAUAUUGAUGAGAUUGAACUCAGCUCAGAUGAUGAUGAUGAUGAUGAUG